AUGUACGGAUCACCAUUUACAAAUAGUCUACAUCAAAAGCAACAAGUUUCAUCACGAUAUAAGGAGAUUGCAAGAAAUGCAAUUUAUGAUCAAUUACCAUCAAUAACUCAAAACAUACAAUUACAACAACAACAAUCAUCAAAUUUAUCGAUAAGAUCAGCUCCGUCACAAUUUCUCAAGAAUUCAUAUAAAUCAUAUCAAUCACUGCAUAGAUCAUCAUCAUCUUCAUCAAUUUUUUUAUCGUUAACAUCAUCUGGUAAAAGAUCAGUUAGAAGUGCUCCAUCAAUAUAUUCAAGUUCUACUGGUACGAUACCAGAAGAUCAAAAACAAAUGACUGCAACAGUUGAACAAUUAGUUAAUGUUAUAUAA